GGAGACAGUUGUGGAACGCGUGAGGGAGAGGCGGUGCAGGCUGGGUGCAGGUUUUGUAAGCGCGAGCGAAGCCCGACACAGUGGGUGAAUUUCUAAGACGAGGUCUAGGCCGCGGUUUUGAAACUGUGACUUUGAAAUCACGGCUUGAGCACUGGCGCGAAUCAGGUUGAUAAAACGAUUCAACGAAGUGGAUAUACGUUUGAUAGCGUAGGCACGAAUUAGGCUCGGUGUGAACAAGAAAGAGGCAUCCUGGCAUAAGUUCGACAGAAAAACCCAGUUUUAGGGAUGAAGCGGUACUGUUAUCAAAUAAUUAGUGAGAGGAAGCAAACUUGGACGAAAUUAUGGGAGGAAUUUACCGCAUCCAAACAAACCUCAGCGGGAUUGGACAACUACAAGGACGAUGGCACGACGAACCAACGCUUGCUGUGCAUUCCUGAUCGGUGCUGCAUGUGCUCUUACAAUGUUCCUAACGUUCGAUAUGUUACCAGGCCCUGCCUGGGAUCAGAGGAGGGACGGCUCGCUUUUCGAGUUGUACCAUCCGGUUCCGGCCAAUGACGCCAAUUGUACGAACAACGAAUUGGACCAUGAUGAUUCUUCGAUUGUAAUUGUGAACCGAAUUCGGAAAAUUCAGGAGGUCAUUAGUGAGCAAAGACAUCUCAUUGCUAAAGAAAUGAAGGGUUACAAAUAUUCCGGCGAUCAACACAACAAAACUGCCAAAUCAUUCCAGGAUCUUGCACCAGAGACGGGAGGUCAGCCAAUCAGAACUUUGGUGGCGACAACUUGGCGGUCUGGCUCUACCUUUCUGGGAGAAGUUUUGAAUAGCCAUCCAGCAAAUUUUUACCACUAUGAGCCGCUAUUGGAAUACAAAGUAAUGCAGAUACGUGAAGAACCCCUUGCUUCAGAAGCAGUUUCAAAGCUGAAAGCAUUACUUAACUGCAACUACACAGGUCUUGAUCAUUAUCUCACCUACGGUCAAAGACAUAUUGAACUGUUUGUUCAUAACACAAGGUUAUGGGCCCAGUGCAAAAAGCAUCGGGAUCUUUGUUGGUCCCCUGAUUUCCUCUCUCCUUUCUGUCGUCUGUUCCCAUUCCAAAGUAUGAAAGUCGUACGACUAAGGCUCAAAUUAAUAGAAGAAUUUCUUAAAGACCCCAGCCUUAAUGUUCGGGUAUUACUCUUGGUUCGUGACCCACGGGGAACUGUACAGUCUCGAAAGCAUCGAGUGUGGUGCCCUAAUAAUCCGGAUUGUGCGGACCCUGCACUUCUCUGUUCGGAUUUGGUUGCAGACUACAAUGCAGCAGUGGAGUUGAACGCCAAAUAUCCAAACAGGUUCAGGGUAGUACGUUAUGAAGAUAUUUCUGUGGAGCCAUACACCGGGAUUCAAGAUCUCUUCGAUUUCUUGGGCUUGGAUUUCCAUCCCAGAGUUAAACAUUUCCUGGAUACUCAUACAAAUGUUAAUGUUGGAGGUGUUUCAAGCACAUACCGCGAUUCUAAAUCCGCACCAUUUCAUUGGCGUCAGGAUUUAUCUCAUCGAAAAGUGAGAAACAUUCAAAGAGUUUGUUUGCCUGCAAUGCAGCAUUGGGGUUAUCUCCUUGCUGCCAAUAGUACACAUCAGCAUGACUUCAAUCCUUUAGCAUAUCAUCUAGUGAUUGACUUGUGGUAUUGCAUUUCGUUGGCAAUGCGAAAGACAAUGACACGUCAACUGAGAGCCUGCCGCGCACUCCUGGUCGGUGCUACAUGUCUUACAGUGUUACUAGUGACCUAUAGGUUGGCAGGCACUGCCUCGGCUCAGAGGGGGGCCGGCCUCCUUUUGGAGUUGCCCCAUCCGGUUCUGGCCAAUCAUGGCAAUUGGUCGAACAACGAAUUGGACCAAGAUGAUUCUUCGAUUGCAAUUCCGUUUGUGAACCGAAGUCGAGAAAUUCAGGAUGUCAUUAACAAGCAGAGAAUUCUUGUUGCUAAAGAAAUGAAGCGUUACAAUUACCGUAACGGUCAACACAACAUAACUGCCAAAUCAUUGCAAGAUCUUGCCCCUGAGUCGGGAGGUCAACCAAUCAGAACUUUGGUGGCGACAACGUGGCGGUCUGGUUCUACCUUUCUGGGAGAUGUUCUGAAUAGCCACCCAGCAAAUUUUUAUCACUACGAGCCGCUAUUUAAUUAUGAAAUAAUUCAGAUACGUGAAGAACCUCUUGCUUCCGAAGCAGUUUCAAAUCUGAAAGCAUUAUUUAACUGCAACUAUACAGGUCUUGAUCAUUAUCUUACUUACAGUCAAAAUCAUAUUCAAUUUUUUUCUCAUAACACAAGGUUAUGGGCCCAGUGCAAAAAGCAUCGGGAUCUUUGUUGGUCCCCUGAUUUCCUCUCUCCUUUCUGUCGUCUGUUCCCAUUCCAAAGUAUGAAAGUCGUACGACUAAGGCUCAAAUUAAUAGAAGAUUUUCUUAAAGACCCCAGCCUUAAUGUUCGGGUAUUAUUCUUGGUUCGUGACCCACGGGGAACUGUACAGUCUCGAAAGCAUCAAGUGUGGUGCCAUAAUCAUACAGAUUGUGCAGAACCUGCACUUCUCUGUUCGGAUUUGGCUGCAGACUACAGUGCAGCAGUGGAGUUGAACGCCAAAUAUCCAAACAGGUUCAGGGUAGUACGUUAUGAAGAUCUUUCAGUGGAGCCAUACACCAGGGUUCAAGAUCUCUUCGAUUUCUUGGGCUUGGAUUUCCAUCCCAGAGUUAAACAUUUCCUGGAUACUCAUACAAAAGUUAAUGUUGGAGGUGUUUCAAGCACAUACCGCGAUUCUAAAUCCGCACCAUUUCAUUGGCGUCAGGAUUUAUCUCAUCGAAAAGUGAGAAACAUUCAAAGAGUUUGUUUGCCUGCAAUGCAGCAUUGGGGUUAUCUCCUUGCUGCCAAUAGUACACAUCAGCAUGACUUCAAUCCUUUAGGUUCCUUUUCACUGACACUGACAUAGCAGAAAAGAAAUGAUGAGAUCAUUUAGACUAUUUCACUGCAGAAAAGCAAUUAAUGAGAUUAUUUUCCUUAAUCAUGAAUGUAUUGAUGAUGUGGCAUAAAGACUUACAAAACAGAACUACAAUUGAAAAGGUAACCAACAUUGUCGGUUGAUUUCAUGAAAAUUUACUGUGUAAUGCACAGAGUAGCUCAUGUACAUAAUUAUAUACCAUAAACAUACCUCAUUAAAUCUAAUGUUGGGCCAUGUCAAUUAUUGUUUCUGUGUUGUGAUAAAAUGCUAAUGGCAGCUGCUGCUGUCCUGUCAACAAUGUCAGCUACAUUCACAAAAUAGUGAUGGUUCAAACAAGUAUAUAUUUUGAAACAUGCAAACUUUUCAAUCAAUGAAGAGAAAAGACAUACUGCAUUGUUUCGUAGUUUUACAACAGAAAAUCUGCCUUAACAGAACUGCAUUCAUUUUCACAAUCUCAUUUUUUUAUCAUUCCAUUGUAAUGUUGAUGCCACUCAUCCGAUUUUUAAUGCAUUGUGUGCUGUAAUGGUGCUUUUUUUUAUAAUGGCAAUAUUUAUUUUAUGCUUUUUAAAGCAUAUCAUCUAGUGAUUGACUUGUGGUAUUGCAUUUCGUUGGCAAUGCGAAAGUUAAUAAAGAAAAAGGUACGCCACAUUUCUUGAUAGAACAUUCACAUAUCAAGCUGAUUUGAUUUGUAGUAACAUAUCAUCUUCCUUGGUUAUUUCAAGAAAUUUCUCUUGUUGAGAUGCAUAAUUCUAAUUUUAUGGGAUAUUCACAUACUUCUGAUUAUUAGUGUAUUACAGGGAAGCGAGUACCAUGCCAUGUUCUGGGGUUUUAUGUAUCACAUUCCUUUAGAAUCAUAUGCAAAGUUAAUUUUGAUUGUUGAAAAUGCGUAAAUGUGCCACUUAUUAAGUUUGCUCAUUGAAAAUUUGCCUUGAAAAAUGUAUAGCACUCAUUAAAGAGGUUUAGUAGUAGGUAAGACUGAGUCUCUCGAAAUAAUUGCAUUUCUCUUUCACUAAUAUUAUUAUAGAACUUCCUGGAAGUCAAUUGAGAGAAAUUACAAGAAGAGUGCAACAGGUGAAAAUAUUAGUUUUGUAAUGUUUUGACUCGGAAUUACUUUUCAUGAGGUAUGUAAUAACACAGAAAAUACUCAAAUACGUUUUAGUAUACAAAUACGAUAAUUUUUCAA